AUGUUUGUCCACUCAAAUGACAGAAAAGGGCGUGGAAUGGCUCCUUCCACAAACAAUCUGAGGCGACUUCUGGAAUAUCGAUCCAAGAACGAAAGGCUUGAAAUGUUUGAUGGGCAGGGACGGCUCGUUCUAACUGUCACCCAGUACAUAUUAAAAUUGUGCUCUGAAGACGACAAAAUAAUUGUUUUGUUAGAGCGCCUUGACGAUUCAGCGAAGCUUUGCUGGGGUUGUGUGACGACCCCAAAGAGUGGUGUGGUUUCGCUGUUUCUUGUUGAUUCUCUCCUGGACGAUCUCAAGGAUCUAACGAAUCACGAGGAUGACAGGAUUGUUGAUGUGAAGGAUCAAAUUAUAGCAAUCCAUGACGAGUUAAAGUCCUUGCGAACCUUCCUUGACGACAUACAGGUGGAAAGUCAAACUUCAAUAUACGAGCAGCACCAUCGCCUAAGCAUUUACUCUCGCUCUUAUCCUACUUUGCCUAGACCUUUUGGGCUACAUGUUCGCUCUCUGCUAGGCAAUUUACCUGAUCCCUCCGCAUUCAUCAUUUCCAGCUUGAAACUUCUGAAGGUAUUGGAUUUGUCCACCCUAGAUUUGAGAAUGCAUAAUCCAACAGGAAUGGAUGUGCAGGUUCUUCUAAGUGGCGGUGCAAAAUUCAGUGAAUCUUGGCGUAUGCGAGCAGCUAUGAAUGAGAGGUUCCAAGAAAAUAAUCUAGAAAAUUUUUCUUCUAUUUUCAUUUCUGAUGAAAAUGAUGAGAAAAUCUUGAAGUGUUCACCCCAUCUCCGAAGAUUGACAUGUAAAAUUACGUUCUUUUGGGAUUCAUCUGAGAACAACUAUCGCUAUCCUUAG